CCCAAAACUCUAUUUUGGACCUCCUCUAAAGUCUAAAGACGAUCACUCAGUCCCUCAUAGCCCUAUUUUGCUCCCUGCACAAACCGCCGCCGUCCGGCCGAAUCUGGUUCAGUCGCCGCCGCCGCCAUCUGCCAACCAAUCGGUUCUCCGCCGUCUGUCUGAUACUGUCAGUAUUCGCGCGCAGGGUAAAGAUGAGGGCUGCUCGCCGUGGGGAUUUCAUGUUCUGCAACGUGUGCGGGACGAUGAUGAAUUUCAGUUCUGGGAAUCAGGUGGAAUGCCCUCUGUGUAAAUGCUCGAAGAGGACGAAAGAGGUGAUUGGACAAGAAAUAUCCUACAAAGUCUCUGCUGAGUUGUGUUUCUGGUAUUGUGAUUAUGCUCAGGAUAUCAGAAGGGAUCUAGGGAUCUCGCAUUUUGAAGGAAAGAUGGAAGUGAAAGACAUGGAGAUAAACAAAAAGUGCGAGAAAUGCAGCAACACAAAGCUCAAGUUUUCGACUAGACAAAUGAGAUCCGCAGAUGAGGGGCAAACUACUUUCUUCCACUGCUCUGUUUGCUCUCAUACUUUCACCGAGAACUAAACAUCAAACAACCUAAGGGUUGAACUAUCAUUUCGUAACCAAGACAACUGAAGGUCUUACAUUCUAGUCAUAGAUAAGCUUCUUUUCGAUGCACUUUAACACUUGGCAUUACUGUUGUAAGAAACUGGAACCCAGAAAUCCCAGCUAGCACUGUAUACCAUAUGCUGUCUGAUGAUCCAAUGGCCAGUGCACAAUAUGUUAUACUUAUAUCAUGUCAUUCUUCUGCCCCUACAAUGGAGCUAAAAAAGGGGGAAAUUAGGGUUCUAGCUGUUAUUGGGAAAAAAGGACAAUGCACAAGUUAAUGCAGUGUACAACAGAGUUGCAGUUGGUCCUGUGUACAAGAAACAGAUACAGAGAGACAAAGUCAACUUUCUCAUGUUCUAUGGUGGAGCUAUGAGUUAGGUGAGUUCAGAGCAAGGUACCACAGCCGAUUGUAUAAACUGAAGAGUACACCAUUGCACUUGGUUUUACAAUCCUUGUUCAAUUUGCAGAAGGAACAAGAAAAAGGAUUAGAAAGCUAACAAUGAGCUUCUGUGGUCUACAGUCUCCUUCAAAAACCAUAGAAGCUGGUUGCAUUAUUGGCUAUGGAUUGGAUAUACCAACUCAAUUAAUAAAACCCAAGUUGCCAGUUGCUGUUGUUGCUUUUGACCAUUAACCCGCCUCGAGUUUACAGUACAGCUGCAUUCUUUCGAGUAAUCUAAAACCUUAAUCAGCCAAUUACAGCAUUUCCCCCUUUUUCUCUUUUGUUCUCUUGAAUGCUACACUUGCAAGUUGCACCAACAACAAGAACAAGAAGAAGAGACGAUCUUUUAUAUGGGGAUGUGAGGAAACCUGCCAACGAAGCUCCACCUCAUUUUGCCCUGUCUGCAGGAGGACCAGUCCAACGAAACUG